AUGCCCCAGGAAGAUUUUUUUGCGUGCCGCUGCCACGUGCCACUGAUUUCAGCGGAAGUUCUCGCCGAGGAAGGAAUUGGAGGAAACCACGCAAAAAUGACGACGCUGAGAUCUCUCAAUCUUCUAUUAGGGUUUAGCGCAUCGCCAUUUCGGCGAAAGCGGCCUCGUAGCUUUAUUUCGUUACCCAAGAUUCUUCCUCUUUUUGAAUGGAGCGUCACCUCCUCUCCCCAAUCUCGGCAGCCUUCCGUUUUCCUGCUAUCUCGUUACACUGUUCACGUUAAGGCUUUGCAGGUGUCUUCCACCGCCUCGCCGGUGGUAGCGUCUCCAACAGCGGAUUCCGCACAUAAGCGGAAAGAUAAAUUUUGCCAGUUUUGUGGGGGCCUAACUAAGCAAGUGAUCCCUGAUGGAGAUGAGAAGAUGAGAGCUGUCUGUACUGUCUGUAGAGCAAUCCACUAUGAAAACCCAAAGAUGGUUGUCGGUUGCCUGGUGGAGCAUGAUGGUAAAAUUCUGCUUUGCAAAAGGAAUAUUCACCCAUCUUAUGGCCUUUGGGAUUUCGUUUCUUUAUGCCUGUGUAUGCCUCAAGGCACCUCCCCUUUUUGGCAUUCAGGGGUACGUUGGGACAUCUGUUCUCAUUUAAGAUUGUUGAUUUUGGAAUCCUUCAACUUGUUCACUACUGGCAUUUAGGGGUAUCCACCUAUGAUUAUUGAGUUUUAUGAAAAUGGGAGAUUAUUGUCUAUACUUGAAUGUGACCUUUGUUGCUUGUCCUGGAUCUAUCCUUUCAUUGCAUUGAUCUCGUACUAUUUAAAGCUUCUUUUAUAUGAAUUGAUAAGUGCCAAGGCUCAAUAUAAUUACUAAAAACAGAUAUUACAACAAGGGUCAAAAAGAGGAUCAGAGAACAAAUUACAACUGUAAAUAAAUCCUAAACAAAAGAGGCUAUGAAAAACAAAACUACUGCGUCAGAGAAAGACCAUUUGGAUGUAUUACAGCACCUACACAAAGCAAAUAAAACAAUACCAAAGAAGCAAGAUUAUUAUGGUCACAAAAUUGAGGGACUCUAAAGUCAUUCAGAAGGUCAAAUAAAAAUCUGUUAAGGAUUGCCACAAUGAGUUUCAUUUGGAGUAAAAAGAGAAAUCCAAUAAGCAAUAGCCAAAAUGAAAACAAACCCGCAGCCAAUCUCCAAAAAAAAUUGGGAAAAUUACAUACC